GUCACCUAUAAAGCCCUCGCGCCUCAUGGCCACGUCCGGUGUUCUUCCCAUAUCGCAGUUGCCGGCCUGCCCACUGCUUUGGUCUUCCCAAGAUGUCUCCGAGGACCACAACGAGCCGAUCCUCCUCUACCUCGCCUCGUCCAGGGAAACGAGUACCCGGCCAGCCCAAGUCUACACGCCAACAAUACAGCGCAUGCGGCGCGUGUCGUAUGAGAAGAGUUCGAUGCGACCUGAAGGAUUUACCUAUGUCGCCAUCGGGCCAACACCCACCCUGCUCCAAUUGCAGCGAGCGAGGCUUGAAAUGCGUGGACGAGUUCGCCGAGGUCAAAGCUGUCAAACUUUUGAGGCGCGGCAGGCGCCUGCAACAAGUCGAGGCCGUCUAUGGCCAGAACGCUGGGGAAGAGAGCUCCCUACAUUCUGUCACGCCGCCUCGGAGUGUCAUUCCCCGAUUACGGCCGGAGUUCUUCAACUCGCCUUUCUUCCACCGAUUCUACACGCAGCGGCCUAUACUGGAACCUGUGGAAUUCUGUAACAGGUACUACGAAUAUUGCAAGGGGAACAAAGACCAGUUACAAGCGCCUGGGCAGCUCAUCGCCCUCAUCCUGGUUGUCUGGGCUGCUAGUUUCGGCGUAAACGAGUAUGGCGUAGAGGAGCUCUACGACGGUCAAGUGAGCCCGCGCAGGAGGAGGGACCGCAUCAACGAGAUGGUUCAGGAAAUUUUGUUUCUCAUCGACAUCCAUAGCAUUCUGCGAAAACCAUCAUGGGAUGGCGUGAGGGCCCUUCUUCUAGUCCUUCCUCUGACUCAGGAGGUGCAGUCUCCCAUGGAACGACUGGCUAUGUAUGAAGCCACUAUUAGCCAGGCGUACACCCUUUGCAGCCUGUCUUCCGUAGCUUCCGUGAACAGUGGUCACGGCGAAUACGUGGACGCGCUUGUGCGCGCGCGGAUCUUUUGGUAUGCUCACGUCAUCGACGGAGUUACUUGUGGUCUGCGGGGAGGCAGGAUCUUGCUCACAGAUGACGAUUUGGCCUCUUUCGAAAGAACCCUUCCGCCGGCAGCGGAGAGUUCGGGGACUUCGUCCCUCUAUGCCUUCUCAUCCCGCCAUGCUGCAAUCCCCAUUCGAAUCGCGUCGGUAUGUCGUGAUAUCCACGCUGCACUUACGGGACCCAAGGCACGCCAAUGCCGUGAGAUCGACGAGAACAAGCUCCACGAUGCUUGGGAGAUACUUGAUCAAUGCUGGAAGGACUUCGACGGACUUCGGCAUCUCGGCACGGAUGGCUUUGUACAAGUGGAGGAUAUUGAAAGGUUUAUUGAUGGGUGGCAGAUAUUCAUAUUUGAGUGCCUCAACGUUGUCCGCGAAGCGUUGAAGCAACGCCUCGUUGCACGCCCCUCCCCCGAGGCACCAUUUCUUCCUGAUGCCCAGACGUCUGGCCGAACACGGGACUUCGAGGCAAUCACACGUCUGUAUGCCAAAGCAGGGGCAAAGUGCCAGACGACGGUCCGUUACAUCGUCCAGAUUCUCCGACGAAACCUCGGUACCCACUUCUUUCAAUUCGACUCUGCUUUCAUCCGCGACGGCUGCUUCUUUGCUGGCUUCCUUCUUGCUGGUGAAGGCGGAAGCAUGGAGGACAUUGAGACCUGUCUGCAAGCACUCCGCGAGAUGCGUUGGACGUUCUCAAAGUGUGAAGAGCGAGAACAGACGGUGAGGAUGAUAUGGGAGUCCAAAAUGCCUCAGGGUCGCACUCGUAGCUUCACAAACAGCCCUCACGACGACGGCCUCCGUUUAUUGACCGCCGAGCAUCCGUACGCCAGACGACCCCUUGCACGACCUAUCAGCGUGCCUCCUCUAUCGCUUUCACUUUCUACCGUCGCUCUGGCGGGUCCGGCAUCCGCGCCGAGUACAGCUUGUUCAAGCGGUUCGUGGCCCGCAGGAACUCCGCCGAGUAGUGCUGGCACGGGCAUGUACGAAGGAUCGGCGUCGUCCGACCGUGCGUCGCCAACGUCGCCAUUCUCCCACCACGUUCCAGACGGCCUGUCCCUCGACACCGCUUUCCACCACAAAGCGUCCCUGGUCAACCACUCACCUUUGACGUUCGAAGGCGCGAGCCACGCGCGCGGAGGCGACGCGGGCUUCGACAACGUCUUCUACUGGCAAGCCUACCCGAGCUACGGAGCCAGCGGCGAGAUAUCAGGCAACCAGCACGUUUCGUCCGCCGCGCUGCUGCCGGGAGCCGCCGACUCGGAUUUCACGUCCGCGCACUAUUUCGAUGCCAGCGCCGUGGUCUUCCCGAACGCUGUCAUUGGUCACCAGACUGCUGCCUCGACGUCUGCUGUCGGCGGAGAUGCUCGUCAAUUCGGUAACGCUUCUUCUCUAUAUCCAUAGGCUCGAGGAACGGGAUGUGAAUCUCUUUGUGUCUUGGAGCCUGUCCAUUUUAGGGAGCAUCAUGGUCAGCGGUCACUUCUUGGACUCUACUCAC